AUGUGUAUACACAAACAAUAUGUGUAUGAGGUGCGCGAAUUGUUGUUUCAUCAUAGAAUAGCUCUAAACAAAAACAAAUGCAUCAUUAGGAAGACUCAGGCCACUUUUCUUGGCCAUACUGUUACAUCGACAGGCAUUCGCCCAUUGGCAGAGAAGAUUACAACACUACAACACCUGUCAAAAUCUGCAGAUUACCAGCAGCUGGGAAGCUUUCUUGGGACAGUAAAUCUGUACCACAAUCACCUCCUAGCAAUGGCAGUUGUACAGACACCUCCCACAGAUGCACCUGUGGCCUGCGAUGCCUCAGGAUGGCAACCUGUUAAGUGGACACCUGAAACUGACAAGACGUUUUGUGACCCUCAGGUGAACUUAAGUCGGGCAGUGCCACUUGCUCAUCUGGUAUCUCCUACUCACUUGGCUAUAGUCUUCAGCGUCAGUCAGUGGCAGUGCCACAAACAGGUAGAUCAAUACCGACUGCCAAAACAUAUGUGUGUCUGA